AUGAGCCAACGUGAGCAACGGUGGUGGGAAGAUGUUUCGUCAUACCGGUCUUUUGCCCAUGCGGAUCCUGCAAGCCCUACAUCCGACCUCGAAAUCGCCCAACUGCCCAAUCGAGAUGUAGAAGAAGGGAGGACGUCCCGUGACGCUCUCACUCCAGUGAGAAAUGACGGGGAAAAGGACGACCCCAACAUCAUCACAUGGGAGGAUGAGCAGGACCCGAUGAACCCGCUCAAUUGGACCAAGAGAAAAAAAUGGACGGCAACACUACUUGUGUCUUGCUUCACCUUCAUCUCACCUUUCUCCUCGACCAUGAUUGCCCCCUCGCUGGAAGUCAUUGGCGACCAAUUCGACAUCGAGUCAGAGGUCGAACAAGCCUUUGUCAUGUCAAUCUUCCUUCUGGCAUUUGCCCUAGGCCCGUUCGUUCUCGGCCCGCUUUCCGAGAUCUUCGGUCGCGUUGUUAUCCUGCAAACCUCGAACCUGCUCUUCCUGGUCUUCAAUACAGCUUGUGGAUUCGCUCAAACGAAACAACAGAUGCUUGCAUUCCGGUUUUUGAGUGGUCUUGGUGGCAGCGCUCCGCAAGCAUUGGGAGGUGGCGUACUAAGCGACUGCUGGAGGGCUGAAGAACGGGGCAAAGCCGUUGCCAUGUACAGUCUUGCGCCAUUCAUUGGGCCGGCAGUGGGUCCCAUUGUGGGUGGUUUGGUGACUGAGCACACGACCUGGAGAUGGGUCUUCUGGUCCGUCUCAAUUGCCGAUUUCAUCAUUCAAAUAAUGGCCACAGCCUGGCUGCGGGAGACGUAUGCGCCCGCGAUCCUGGCAAAGAAAGUAGACAAACUCCGUAAAUCCACUGGCGACCAAAGCCUCCGGACCAAAUGGCAAAACCCAGACCACAGCUUGGCCAAAAUACUCCGCACGAACCUCGUCCGUCCGUUCAUCAUGUUGGGCACCCAGCCCGUCAUCCAAAUCAUGGCCCUGUACCGCGCAUAUCUCUACGGCGUCAUGUAUCUGGUCCUAUCCACAUUCGCCCUCGUCUUCGAAGACCAAUACGACAUGUCCCUCACCAUGUCCUCCCUCAACUACCUCUCCCUGGGAAUCGGCUUCGUCAUCGGCCUGCAGAUCUGCGCGCCCCUAAACGACCGAAUCUACAUCUACCUCAAACGCAAGCACAACGUGUCAACCGGCGUCCCGGAAUACCGCAUCCCGCUGAUCCUCCCGUCCACCAUCCUCACGCCCGUCGGGCUCGCGCUGUACGGGUGGGCGGCGUCGACUGACCCGGCAGUGCACUUCCUGGUGCCGAACGUGGGCGCAGCCAUCUUCGCGUGCGGGCUGAUCAUGGCGUUCCAGUGCGCGCAGGCGUACGUCGUCGACGCGUACACGACGUACGCGGCGAGCGCGACGGGCGCGGCCGCGUUCCUGCGCACCAUGGCCGGCUUCAGCUUCCCGCUGUUCGCGCCGCGGCUGUAUGACGGCUUGGGGCUGGGGGUCGGGAAUGGGGUGCUGGCGGGGGUGAGCGCGGUGGUGGGGGUGGCGGUGGGGUGGGGGUUUUGGAAGCGCGGCGCCUGGUUGAGGGCGAGGAGUGGGUAUUGUGCGGGGUGA